GCUGUAAGAGGCGCUACGUGGCGUCAUUUCAUUGGGAAGAAAAGUGAGAAAAAAAAAAAAAAAAUUCUUUCGCGUUUCAGUUUUCUCGACUGUCUCUCUCAACUCUUUGUUUUCUCCGACGGCGAAUCUCUUUGAGCUUCAAUUCCGGCGAUAUACAUCAUCAAAUCGGAAGUAAAAGGUGAAGCCUUUGUCAACAAUAAGCCGUGAUGCUCAUCUCCACCGUCGGCGUGGUCACCAACAGUAGUUCGUCGAGCCGACAUCAGUGGGUUCUGCAAAUCAAAUCGGAGAGAAAGGCGAUUCCAGUGGCUCCAAUCGCUUCCUCACGGUUUUAAGGAACAUUGAUCUAGUCUAUGGAGGUGGAAGCAUAGGUUUGAUGGGUUUGGUUUCACAAGCUGUUCAUGAUAGUGGUCGCCAUGUUAUUGGAGUUAUUCCCAAGACACUCAUGCCUAGAGAGGUGUUAAAGGCACCUCAUGGGGAUCUUUUGACAUGCAUGGAAAUGGUCAAGGUUGCUGAUUUGAUGGCUUUUGUUGCAUCUGCUAGCUCUCCAUGGGAAGAGAAUAAAUCUAACUAUAUAGAUUCAUUUGGAAAUCAGUGGCUUUCUGUGUUCAGAACGAUUUGUCUACCAAGCACCACUGUAUUGAUUCGUGUAAGUUUCUUGCUUGUCUAUAUAUUCUUUAAAUGUUGUGAUGUUCUUUCUUGUAUAGUUUUUAUCUUUGAUGUGUUUUCCAAUGAAUCUUGUAUGCUUUGUAAUAUUAUUGUCAUGAAUCUUUGUUAUUCAAAAUGUGUUUAUCAAAAAUUGUAA